AAUGAGAUGAGCCGGACACACUACCCGGAAAAAAGCCGAUUGCAUGAGUAAUAAUGGGCUGUAGCUAAUAUGUAAAUUAUUAAGUAUAUCGCUAUUUAUUUCACUUUUAUUUUAACCGGUGAUCUUUUUAUAUAAUUCAAAGGCUGACAUUCUCGUAUGAUUGGUAACUUGGCUCAUAUCGCAAGGUUUUGCUUAGGAAACAUGGCAGCAACAACAGAUCACUUCAUGUAUUUUGCUUUUGGAAGCAACUUGUUGAAGGAGAGACUUCAGUUGGCGAACCCCUCAGCUAUAUUUCAUUGCACCGGCCGACUGAAGCAGAACUACACAUUGAACUUUGGUCUGUGGGGGGAGCACAUUGAUAACCGUUGGCAUGGAGGAGUAGCAACCAUCGAGCAGAAAGAGGGGGGAGAGGUGUGGGGGGUGGUCUGGAGGAUGAGCAACGACCACCUAGCCAGCCUGGACCAGCAGGAGGGGGUGGACAUGGGUAUGUACUUCCCCUUAGAGGUGACAGUGGAGACAGACAACGGGGCACUGCUCUGUAGAACGUACCAGAUGAACCGCUUCCACGCCUGUCCCCCCUCGCCACAAUACAAACAGGUGGUGUGUUUAGGAGCCCAGCAGAACGGUCUACCAGUGCAGUACAUGAGGAGACUAGAGGAGGUUCAGACCAACAACUACAGCGGCCCUUCUAUCCUGGACAAGAUCUCACAGGUCAUUAAGUAAUUCUGAUAUUUUUUUCCACUAAUUGGUCUUUUGAUUUGGUGUUUUGACCAAUCGGAUCAGCUCUGAAAAGAUCUGAUGUGAUUAGUGGAAAAAAUAUCAGAAUUGGGCUGCCUGUGUAAACGUAGCCAGAAUCCAUCUGAAAUGACAACCAAUUGAGCUCUGGUCAAAAGUAGUGCACUAUAUAGGGUGCCAUUUUGGACAAACACACAGACAGGCACCAUAAAGACUAAUGCAUGUGAUGUGGCUUUGGAGAGAUUUGAUGACGAUUGGUUCAAUUGAAAUGGAAUGGGGCCUUUGAGAGAAAUGGGAGAUGUUGUAAUGUUUUUAAUAGAUGUAUACUGAAUGAAAUCAGUUACUUCAGAAAUCAAUUGAUUUAAUGUCAAUUGUUAUUCUUUGUUUCUUAAGAAACAUCUGAAGGAUCUCUGCUCCCCAAACUGUAUCUGGUCCAAUUGUCUUUUCAACAAAACAUAAUUUUGUAGUCAUUAAUGACGUUGAACAUACAACUAUGUAUAUACAGAAUUAUCACCAUAGUGUCACAGUACAAAUUCUGGAGUUUUAUUUGUGCUUUAGUUUUUACUUAAUUCAACGAAUACAAACUUGUGCAAUAUAUAUAUAUAUAACAAAGAUGCUUGAGUAAAUUAAAGGUGUGUUUUAAAUCAACUGUUAACAUUUCUGCUGGAUUUGCUGUAUGCUACCUAGAUUUGACACAACCACAGAAAUAAAGCAAUGAACCAACAGAA